AUGACGAAAGCCCUGGUGAGUGAGAUUGACAGAUGCCACAGACGCCAGCUCAGGAGCCUCAUUGGCAUAAGGUUCCCGAACAGGAUAUCGAACAUCAACCUGUACCAGCGCUGUCGGGAAGAGCCGCUGUCAGCCACCAUCGAGAAGGCACGUAUGCAGAUGCUGGGGCAUGCACUGCGACUGUCGCCGGACACCCCAGCGCAGCAAGCCAUGAGUGGGUACUUCACUCCACAGCAACGUGGGUACAAGGGCCGGCCCAGAUCGUCGCUGGUCGGCACCCUGAACCAAGACCUGCUCAGCAGAGGCAAGCUGGGCCUCUCGAGCCGAAGCCAUCUGGACGACCUAAGUAAGUUUGCUGCGGAUCGCAAUGGAUGGCGGCAGAUAAUCUGA